CUUCAUGACUUGGGUCUGAAACAACACCUCACUGAUAAACUCUCACUGAGUUCUGUACUACAGAUAGACAAGAGCACAGUGACAGAUGAUCCAGCACAGACUCGAUCAGAUUUACCAAGGCUUUUCCUCAAGAAAAUUAUGAUGGUCAAUGUGACUGCAAGAAGUGUCAAAUGUGCUCCAUCAAAUACUGAAGAUGAAGAUUUGAGUUUGGAAUUUUAUAGAGAUCUGGAGAGCCUUGACCUCAACCAGGACCUUAGUCAUAAAAUAAAUCCUUUAGACAUCAUAACUGCACUCUUCCAUUGCUCAGACAAUUUUCUUCAACAAGAGAUUGCCUUCAAAAUGUCUAUGUGCCAGUUCUCUGUGCCUUUACUGCUUCCUAAUUGUGACACACAGCAGAGCAUGUUCAUGCUUUGGGCCUUAAGAGAUAUUGUGAAGAAAUACAGACCACACUCCUUGUCUGAUCCAAGAGGGUUUGUGGAAGACAGGAUUGUUCUUGCUGAAUUACCUUUGGUGUCCUUUGUAAGACUUGGAGACUGUAGCAUUUCCAAAUCUCAAAUCUUGAACAAACUGCUCAGUAAUCCACAGCAAUAUCAUGACACAUUUGUGCACCGUGACAUGGACUGUGGAGACAUCCCAAGAAAAAUAUCAAAUGGUAUGGUGGAGAUCAGCUGGUACUUACCUUGUGGAAGUAAAAACUUAGACAUCUUCCCAGAACCUUUGGCUAUUGCAAACCUGAGAGGGGACAUAAGUACAUUUGAGACUCAGUACUCAUUCCUGUGUCAAAUUUCUACAGCAGUUUUUGUUUUCUUUGACAAUUUUGAAACCAACUAUCAGCUACUCACCAAUACAAAUGUAAAAGCACAGUUGUUUUUGGUGGGAAAUGCAAACACCAAAGCCUUCAAUCUGGAUUUGCUGAAAAGAACAGCUGCUGCAUUGAAGUUGAAAAGAAACAACAUCAUUCUAAAGACAAAACAAAAUGAUGCAGAUUUUGUCACAAAUUUGUGUUCUGCUGUGAGCGAUGUUGUUAAAAACAGUUCUAUGAAAGUACAACUUGAGAAGAUGACCACAGUUGCACAUGAAUUUGGAAUUUUGAUUGAUGAAGACAACAAGGAGUGCCAACAUGCAAAAGAAAAUGCAAUGGCAGUCACUAGCAAGAUAGAGGACACGAUAAAGUUUAAGGAAGAACAGCUCCCUUUGCAGGGUGAGAUCUGGAAGAAACGGGGAAAAAUAGAGAAAGAGGAGUGUAGGCUUCGUAAAGCUGGGGAUAAAAACAUUGAGGAAUAUAAAGGAGAACUUACUGAACAGAAGAUAAAACUCAGAAAGCAGCAAAGCAGCUUUGAAAUGUCAGAAGCCAUGUCCUGCUUCAUACGUGCACUGUCAAGUUCAACUCUUGAGAGAUCCUUCUUCCUGAAAUGGAUGCGAAUGAAUUUGGACAAUUUAUCCUGUGAAAAUUUGUCCAAACUUAGAGAAAAGUACAAGGAGAAAUGUCAACAAUCAUCAGCAAAGAAGGAGGAGAUUGCAAUAUUGGACAAGCAGAUCUCAAACAGUGCUUUAGGAACUGAACACUUUUUGAGGGAAAUGGGGCAGCUGUAUGAAGCUGCUGUCUCCCUUCCAGAAAAUAUACAAUCACGAGAACAAAUGCUACACUUACCUAAACUGUGUGCUGAGCUCCUUUUAGAUGGAUUCCCUCUUGAACUAGUUGAUGGAGAUGCUUCAAAUAUACCCCUAAGGUGGAUUAGUGAUGUACUGAAAGAGCUGAAUACUUUAGUGCAACCCAAGAAUAAGAUCAUGGUAGUCACAGUAUUAGGAGUGCAGAGCACAGGAAAGUCUACCCUAUUAAACACCAUGUUUGGGGUUCAGUUUGCAGUCAGCAGUGGAAGAUGCACACGAGGAGCGUUCAUGUUGAUGAUCAAAGUCACUGACAGCUUCAGAGAAAUACUUAACUGUGAUCAUUUAGUGAUCAUUGACACUGAGGGACUGAAAUCGCCUGAGCUGGCACAGCUCGAUGACAGCUAUGAACAUGACAAUGAAUUGGCUACACUUGUUGUUGGACUGAGUGAUAUUACCAUCAUCAAUAUUGCCAUGGAGAACUCCACAGAAAUGAAGGACAUUCUGCAGAUUGUGGUGCAUGCAUUCCUCAGGAUGAAGGAAGUGGGCAAAAAACCCAUGUGUGCAUUCGUGCACCAGAAUGUAGCUGAUGUAUCAGCACAUGACAAAAACAUGAGAGACCGGAAGCUUCUUUUAGAGCAGCUGAAUGAGAUGACCGAGGCAGCAGCCAAGAUGGAAAACAAAGAAAUGUACAAGAAGUUUACUGAUGUAAUGGCGUAUGAUCCAGAGACUGGUAACUGGUAUAUACCUGGGCUCUGGCACGGAAACCCACCAAUGGCACCAGUGAAUGCAGGCUACUCUGAGGCUGUGUAUGACUUCAAAAAGAACAUAACCAACGUUCUUGUUAACAAAAACAUAUCUACCAACAACAUUGAAGAAUUUCUGGAGUGGACAAAAAGUUUAUGGAAUGCAGUAAAAUAUGAAAAUUUCAUUUUCAGCUUUAGGAACAGCUUGGUAGCUGAUGCAUACAUGAAGCUGUGCACUGAAUUCCAUAAAUGGGAAUGGUCUUUAAAAAAGGACAUGUAUAAGUGGUUAACAUCUGCUGAAACCAGAGUGUCCAAUUUUGAGAUAAUGAAAUCCAAAUCUGACAAGACAAACCUGCAAGAUUUACUGAGGAUCCUGAAAGAUGAGGCCUCUUCAGAACUUGAUAAAUUGGAAACGGCCAUUUUGGAAAACCUCAACGAAUACUAUGAGCAAACAGAGGGUCAUGUCUAUCUUGUGGAAAAGUACAAAGAAGACUUUGUAAACAGUGCAAAAUCUCUCAGGAGGGAAACCGAAAACUCAGUGCUGAACAAACUGGUGGCAGUUAUUGAGAUUAGGAAAGGAAAGAAUAAUUUGGACAACAUAAAAAAAACACACACUGACAAAAUGGAGAAUAAAGUGCUCAAACUUCUGGAGGAUCAUCAGAAAAACAGACAUUCAAAAAGCAUGUCUGAAGAAGAGCUCAACAACAUCUUUGAAAAAAUAUGGGAGGAAACCGUUAAAGAGCUGUCCUUUACUGGCUUGCAGAGUCAAACCAUAUCUGACAGUGUUUUUAACCAGUUACGACUGAACAUGAAACAAAAAGGAAGUUCAAUCUCUGAAAAGUUAAACAAAGGGAAUCUGGAUCAAUACGGCAAAGAGAAAUUUGUUGUUACAGAAGAAUCGUCUAUUGUAAAAGAUAUAAAAUCUAUUUUAGAUAAAUCUGAACAAAAAUUGAGACUGCAGCAGUUGGCAGACUGUGCCAUUGACACAUGUAUGCAGUCAAUUAAUGACAAGAAAGAAGGAAAUUCAGAUUAUCAUGACACCUACAUUCAGGAGAUCCUACAUAUAAUUGACACAAAAUUGACUUCAUUAAAGAAAUGGAAAGUUUCAGAUGAAUUUGAACUGUCCCUAAAGCUCCACAUUUGUGCUAUUUCUGCGAGAGAAUUCCAGGCCAUGCAUGACAGUUUUAUUGAAGAGAACGACCCAAUCCGAUGUCUCGAGCAAUCCAAAGAGAUGUACCGUGCUGAUUUUAAAGAUCUGUUCAGUAAUCGUGAUCAGUGUCAGAAGAAGGCUGCAGAAUUUGCACAACUCUGCCUCAGUCCUGCAGUUGAGACAUUCAUAUGUAACUCAUUGGGACUGGACAUUAUUGACACAAUGCUGCAAGGGGAAAAUGCAUUUCAAUUCAGCACACGUGCAUUUUUCCAGUUCUCUAUUCUAAAACAACUUCUGGAUGACAGUAAUUUUGACAACUAUGUGAGCUACAUACAAUCUUAUGAACGCUUUGUUAAAGAGUGGAUAUUAAAACAAAUUGAAGACAGAUUUUCAAAAGGAAACAAACUUUUUGAGCUGGAAGUGCAGCCUCUCAAAGGAGCUAUUAUGGAGAUAAAAAAUGCCAUCAGAAAAGCACAAGAAGAGACAGAUGAAGAUGAAAACAUUAAGGGAUUUAUUCAGAACAUUUGCAGAGAGCUUGGAACACAACUUGUCAUUCCAAAAGAUGUCUUGGAAGCAGUCAUGGUUUUAAACAAUGCCAAACAGGAACAAUUUUCCCACUGGCUCAUGCAGUCUGUGGAGGAAAUGGAAGAAUCGCUGAAGACUAAACUUAAGAAAGAUGACAUUCUGAGAAAACUGAAAACUCUUAAAGUCAAACCACAGGAUGAGCUGUUCAAGCGUGUAUUUGGCUGCGGGAAACAGUGUCCAUUCUGCAAAGCACCAUGUGAGGCAGGAGGAGAAGCUCAUACACAACACUGUGCUUCUGUACACAGACCUCAAGGACUUGGGUUAUACAGGUUUGAGCACUCGGUGAAAUUAAUCACCAACAUUUGCUCUACUGAUGUGAACACUGAAGCCCAGUUCAGAUGCCUAGAGACCAACCAUGUGUUCCAUCCUUACAAGAAAUACAGGGAGAUCUUUCCAGACUGGCACAUCCCUGCAGAUCCCAGCAUAGAGGCCUCAGACUACUGGAAAUUUGUUAUGGCAAAAUUUAAUGAUCAGUUUGCACAAGCGUAUAAUGCAAAACCUGCAGAUAUUCCCCCAGUGUGGAAAAAACUCACAAAGGAAGCAGCAGAAAAUAGUCUGAAGGAGUGUUUUAGUAUCAAAUAAAUACUAGUGAAAAAAUCAUCAGGAUAAGGGAGAUUAAAGAAAUUCAAAAAUUUGAUUUCAAAAUGCUAUUAGUCAUUCAACCAAUUAGUACAUUCCAAUGGCACCACAUGUCAACUUGUCUUUUCUAGUUCCUUUAGCUUUUUCUUUAAAAAUUCCAACUAGUAACGAGAAUAUUGGGCAUUUUAAUAAUACUGAAAAGCUCAAGAAUUAGAAUUAUGUCUUUGGAUGUGAAACUUCACAAAUUAAUGAUUCUGUUUCAUUAAUUUGCUUCUUUCCACAUAUUUCCUCCCAUGUUUUCUUACUGGAUGUUUAUAUAAAAGUUGUUUUCUUAUAAAUAUAUCUUUAAAAUCUAAAUCAGUUUCUUUUAUCAUCAAUAUAAAUCAGUAUAUUCAUGCAACACUGUUAUGUCUAUGUAACAUUUUCUGGCAUAUAACAGGAUGGAAGGGUGAUUUGAACUUGUUUGCAAAAUCCCUUCAAUGGAUGAUGGACAGAAAUGCCCUGAAACUUCUUGCGGCUUUAGACUCGUAUAUGUUAUUAGAUUGAGACUUGUUAUUAGAUUUAGAUUAAGAUUUGUUGU